AUGCCUCCUGUCGCUAGUUUCACAACUCAAUUAAGAACUCUGAAAUGCUUAACGGAUCACGAAUCCUCAAUUCUGCAUUUGGCUUGGGCAGCUACGCUCUAUGUCUUCAUCAGCGAGAGGAAUGUUCAAUUUCAAGGACGCGUGCGUGGGUCUCUCAAAUCCCUAAACAUUUCCAUCGAUACCCAAAAAGCUAUAUCAGAGGCUUUGACGGACAUCCAUCAUCAACUUCGAAAUCUAUGUGUGGAUUGUGCCCCCACUGUCAACUCCAGCGAUUGGAAAUUUGGGAGUCUUUUAGAUGUGACGACCUCCGAACCAUCUGAUCACGAUGCAACGAUUACAAAGGAUCCUGAUUCUGGCGCUCCGUUGGUCUUACAAUGUCGCCUCGGCGAGGACUCUACCCAAAUCAGCCUCGUUGCCAACGCUUUGGGUCCCUCCUCAUGGCAGGUACAGCGAAUGAUCUACCAAUUCAGCCACUUCAUGGAGCAGCUCCAGUCCUCUCCCGAACGGAAAUUGGUAUCUAUUCUUACUCCGAGUCCUGAAGAUCAUGCUUUGCUCCUCAUUCGGAAUGGACAGAUGGCCCAACUGACCAGGAUUGAGGCAUGUAUCCAUGACAUGAUCUCGACACAAUUUCAGGCGCAGCCUGAUCGCGAAGCAAUUUGUGCGUGGGACACUACAAUGACCUAUCGGGAACUUGAGAUACAGUCCAAGCUAUUGAGCUUGCAAUUAGUAAAAGCUGGGGCUGGUCCAGAGGUCGUUGUGCCAGUGCUCUUUGAGAAGUCAGGAUGGACCCCUGUCGUGAUGCUUGCAGUACUCUUUGCUGGAGCAGCGUUUGUUCUUUUCGAUCCAUCAUUUCCGGACGAUCGCCUAAAAGCGAUGUGCGAGGAUAUUGGUGCCACGGUUGGAGUUUGUUCAGCUCAACAUGCUUGCCGUGGUGAAGCCAUUGGCCUCAAGGAAGUCAUCAUUCCCAGCAUUGUUAAUCAGAAACUCUGCAAUUUCUCUCCAGCUGUGGUUUAUCCAUGGAAUAUGGCGUACAUUGCCUUUAGUUCAGGAUCUACAGGCAAGCCCAAGGGCACUGUUAUUGAACAUGCUGCUUUCUGCACAAGUGCUAUGGCCUAUGGAGAGGCUUUCCGGUAUACUGCCACCUCGCGGGUGUUACAAUUUGCCUCAUAUGGGUUUGACGCCAGUGUGGGAGAGAUACUCGCUCCACUGAUGAGAGGCGGCUGUGUUUGUGUCCCUUCUGAAAAUGAGCGCCAGCAGGAUCUAGCGAUGGCAGCGCAGCGUCUUAAUGCCAAUUCAGCAUUUCUCACCCCUGCCGUCUUACGAACCCUGAAUCACAAUGACUUUCCAUCUCUGUCCACAAUAACUUGCGGGGGCGAAAAAGUGAUGUUGAAUGAUAUUCAGUCAUGGGCAGACGAAAAAGUCCUGAUGAAUGUAUAUGGCCCUUCCGAAUGCUCUGUUAUCUCAUCGGCAACGCGCAAUCUCCAGGUCACCUCAGACCCAGCAAACAUUGGAUACCCUACAGGAUGUCACUUCUGGAUUGUGGAUCGUAACGACUCCACACGACUAGCUCCCGUUGGUGCGGUUGGAGAAUUGAUUAUCGAGGGUCCUAUCGUUGGCCGUGAAUACAUCAAUCGACCGGAGGAGACUGCGAAAGCAUUUUUCCGGAAUCCCCCUUGGCUUCAUUCAUUUCGCAGAUCACCGUGGUCCUUUUAUAGGACAGGCGACAUGGUACAACUGGAACCAGACGGAUCUAUGCGCAUUUUGGGACGUAAAGAUCACCAAGUCAAGCUUCAUGGUCAGCGAAUAGAGCUUACAGAAGUCGAACACGCCAUCCACAAGGUCUUCCCAAACUUGCAGCGGGUGAUGGCAGCUGUUGUGAAUCGUUCAUCCCCCGUCCUCGUGGUCUUCCUCGUGGGAGUGGACGGUGAUGCCGGUGAUCAGGAGAGUGAAUCUGCCCGCUCAACAUUUCUCAAGCCUUCAAGGACCUUUCAGCAUUCCUGCCAGGUAGCUGUUGCUACUUGCCUCCGCCAGUGUUUACCAGAAUUCAUGAUACCAAGACUAUGGUUCCCGCUUGACAAACCACCGCUCACCCCUAAUGGUAAGGUAGAUGCCCGUCGCCUAGCAGCAGAGGUAGCAGACCUCUCACCAGAACAGGCAUUGAGGUAUACCCUUUGCUCAGGAGACCGACGGAUCGCAGUGCAGGGGAUGGAAGAACGGCUACAGUGCUGGGUUGCUGAGGCAUUAGGAGUCCAGCAGGAGCAGAUUGCUCUAGAUGCCAGUUUCUUUGGCCAGGGUGGAGAUUCGUUGACUUCAAUGAAGUCAUCCGCCUUGGCCCGCAAAGAAGGCGUGGUGCUAAGCCCUGCUGCGCUUCAAGAGGCCAAUUCGCUGGCCGAAUUGGCCCAGAAACUCGAUGAACAAAAUCACAGUCCGACGGGUAAGGACCAACAGUUGAGCCUUCAAAUCAUUGAAGAUACCGAAGGCUCUAUUCAGGACGCACUUUUGGGUCGGUUGUCGGGGAUUUCGCCCGACAAUAUCCAGUACAUCCUACCUGUGUCCGAAUUGCAGGAGUUUUUCCUUGACCUGCCGUGCGAAUAUUUUCGAUUUGAUCUUCGAGGCCCGCUGGAUCGCUCUCGAUUGCAGGCGGCUUUCCAGUCACUUCACAAACGACAUGAGAUACUUCGAACGGUUGUCUUUCGUGACGCCAAAGACGACAGGGCUUACCAAGCCGUACUGCGGGAAUUCACUCCUCAGCUUGAGGUCCUUGAGACUGAUGGAUCGCUACUCACAGCCUCGGAUGAAUGGAUUUACAAAGAUUUCCAACAGGCAAAUACACAAAACCAAUGCCCUCUAUGGCCUGCUGCUCGAUACCUCCUGGUCAAAAAAAGUGAGCAACUGCAGGAAAACUGCCUAGUCAUCGGGAUCAAGCAUACACAUUAUGAUGGUGUCUCCAUAAUCACCUUCUUGAACGAUCUGGCUUCGCUUUAUCAGCACGGACCUGAGUCUCUCCCACCUACUUUUUCGUUCGGCCAGUACCAGGCGUUUGUGGCGUCUCUCCCCAUGAGCAAAACCAUUGACUUCUGGCGAGAGACCUUGCGCGGCUCAUCUGUGACUCAAGUUGGACGUGAGCGAGCCGUCGCCCCAGUCCCCGUGGUCGAGACAACCCGUCACAUUCCCCAAGUGCACCCGCCCUUGGGAAUUACCUUGGCUACGACUGUGAAAACCGCCUGGGCGAUUUGUUUGGCACAACAGGUGGGUAAGAACGAUAUAGUCUUCGCGCAAAUUGUCAGUGGUCGUUCCCAGGGUCCAGAUGGCAUCCAGCGCGUGAUCGGCCCGUGCAUGAACAGUAUCCCCGUUCGCGUCUCACUGGCACUGAAGAAUUCUGGUCAAUCGGCAAUGGAGAUAAUGCAGCAAGUGCAAUCGCAACACGUCCAGUCAUUAUUCCACGAGACCAUCGGCUUCACCACUUUGCGAGAUGAAUGCACAAGCUGGGGCCCAGAUGCUGUGAUCGAAUCUUUGGUCUUGCAUCAAAAUAUACUGCACGAUGAUGAAUAUCGUCUUGGGGAGGCUGUUGGUAAGAUGGACACGAUAUAUCCGGAGCUUGUCACGGAUGAGUUUAUUCUGUAUUCCGUUCCUCGAGGCGACAGGCAUGAAUUCCGACUUUCUGUCCCCCAACGAGUGCUCGACCUUCCUGCCAUCGAGCAUUUGGUUACCGAAACAUGUCAUUGGGUGCAAGCGUUGGCAGCGCAUCCGGAGAUGCGUAUUAGUCAAUUGAUGUUGGAAAGGAAGUCUAAGUUACAUGCUGUGGGCUGA